UACAUUCAUUUCCAAUGGAACGCUGCGUUUGCCUCGCGCUCUGUGUUCUGUGUUGUGCAUACGUUGGAUUUAUCCAACGUAUGCAUCAACUUGUAUGCAUAGACUUGACAGAAAUAGUAGCAAAAGGGGAAUGUUGAACUUUUAUUGCACACAUAUAGAGUAACAAUUUUGGAUUACAUAAUGGGAAAAGUUUGACUACAGAAUAUAUUACACAGCAUUGAUGUAAAUCGCUGUCGGUCUGAUUGAGGCGUUACGCUAGAAGCACGGGAGAUAAUGUCUAAAUGCUUUUUAUAGUGGAAAUCAAGUUAAUGAAUGGCCUGUCUGGGCUGAUGGUACAGUGGAUGCGCAGUGAUUUCUCUGAUGGAACAGAAAGCAAGAUGCCAAUUUUUGUAUUAUAGGCUUACCCGUGCUAAACUGAUCAUUUAGUAUGGCUUAGACCGCGUCUCAACCAAUCACAAAGCUUGUUUUGACCAACCUGUUGCUCAGAAUUGUAACUUUAGAUUUAUUUUGUUUAAAUAAUCAAAUUCAAUAUUAUUUCAUUUUUGUGGUGUAUUUGGAUGACAGAAUCAUCACUUCGGCCCUAACUGUCAGCUGAUGACUACCACACAUUGAUAGUGAACAGUAGCCUACUCCUAUGAAGAUGACAUUAACAGUGUAGAGGAAAUAACUGUGUCCUUACAUGACUUCUACAGGUUCUUCCUGUUCUUUUCUGACAUUUCUUAAGGGGAAGUCCCUUGCUUUUUCUAUUUAGUGUAUUGCAUGAUGGUUGUGCAAAUAUUGUUUACUUUCCUCAUAUGAGAUAAGGACAAAACCUGUCUGGGGCUCCUAGGAUCCGGUUUCGCAGACACACAUUAAGCAUAGUCCGAGACUACAUUUAUUUUUAGACCAGGACUAGGCUUAAUCUGUGUCCAAGAAGAGGGCCCCUAGUGACUGUCUUUUAGAAGGUGGUGCGUUGACCUGAAGUAAUCUGUAAAAGAAAAAAGUAGAUGGAGACAACACAUUCAACAGGGCCAAGCUGAUGAACAUUGGCUAUGCUGAGGCCCUGAAAGAGUAUGACUACGACUGCUUUGUGUUCAGUGACGUGGACAUCAUCCCCAUGGAUGACCACAACACCUACAAAUGCUUCAGCCAGCCCAGACACCUGUCUGUCUCCAUGGACAAGUUUGGCUUCAAGUUGCCCUAUAACCAGUACUUUGGUGGUGUCUCAGCGUUAAGUAAGGAGCAGUUCCUUAAAAUCAACGGCUUUCCCAACAACUACUGGGGCUGGGGUGGUGAAGAUGAUGACAUUUUCAACAGGGUGAGCUCCAGAGGAAUGUCCAUCUCUCGUCCAGAUGGCGAGGUCGGGAAAUGCCGGAUGAUCCGUCACGAGAGAGACAAACUGAACAACCCAAAUCCUCAGAGGUUUGACAGAAUACAACGCACGAGACUGACGAUAAAUACCGAUGGGAUCAGCUCUCUCAAGUACGAAGUCGUCAAAGUGGAAAAGGAUGCUCUGUUCACGAAAAUCACUGUAGAUGUGGGGAAAACUUAGUGAAAGUUGAUGAAUGUUAGUAGUUGUUUUGCACAUCACUUAUCACAAGGUGGUGGGCAGAGAAAGCACAGCGGAACCAUGGAAUGCAGUACCGAGAAUGCUCUGAAUUCUCCGGAACACGUGUAUUUAUUGUGGAAACCAAUGGAUAGCACUUGGAUAAAUAAGAUGGCACAACAAGACCUCAUAAAUAUCAGAGUGGAUCAAAAUGUUUGAUCAACAUGUUUGACUUUUAAUGGCAGUACAAAAGGGAAGGCGUGUGGGACGAGGAAGUUAUUUUGUAUAUCAUUUGUAAUGAGUUGUCUUUGUGUAAUUCUGUAAGGGAGAACUACUUGGUUUAAAUGUGUAUAUAAGUUCUAUGACUAUGCAUAUAGUUAAUGCGUAUUUUAUAUAUGGUUUCUUCUUCCAUUUUCGGCUAAGAUAUUUGAGAUGAUUAUGGUUUAAUAUAUUUUUUGUGGAAAUGUUUCCCAUGUUUGAAACUGUGUGAAAGGUCUUAAUCACAAUCUAAAAGCAACUAUUGGUUUGGUUACUUAUAUAUGUUUCUAAAAACACCAGUUGAUAACA